AUGCUCCAUCAACAAAACAGCAAUCGCAAUUCAAACCAAUCGCAACCCUCAAGGCCAAACCAAAGUCCACCUAAUUCCGAACAAAUGCAAGUCCAAAACCCGAUCGCAAAGGACACUCCAAAUCAAACUUUGACAUCAACCACUUCGGCCGGUCCAUCAGUUCCCGUCAUCGCUCCGUCGCUCAGCCACUGCUCCACCUCCUUGGUCGCAAACGUCCGCCCGAUAACAUCAACGGUUCUGCUACAGACAGCUCUUGUGAAUAUUAUCGACUCUAGCGGAUACUCAAUGUGGGCCAGAGCUCUUCUGGAUCCAGCCUCGCAGAUUAACGUCAUCUCCGAACGAUUGAUUCAACGGCUGCAUAUUCGGAAGAAUAAGGAUUACCAUACCAUCGGGGGCAUCGGAAGAACAACCACGAUGUCUACUCAUUCUAUACUUCUGUGCAUACGUUCUCAUUGCACGGAGUUCAGUGCUGACUUGAAGUUUCACAUUCUCGGCGAAAUCACGCGCGAUCUACCCUCGAACGCGGUGGAUACGACCAACUGGAAAUUGCCAUCCGAUAUUGUCUUCGCAGAUCCGAAAUUCUACGAACCAUCACCUGUCGACAUGAUUAUCGGAAUGGAGAGUUACUACGAUCUCCUCUUGGAAGGCUUCAUAAAGCUAGGUCCAGGCAAACCUGUUCUGCAGAAAACCCUACUAGGCUGGGUUGUCUCCGGAAAAGUUGGGAUAAACCAACCGUCAAGCUCAACGAUCGUCGCACAUGUAUGCAGUACGCAAGCGUUAGAGGAUCAGUUGGCCAGAUUUUGGGAGAUCGAAUCUUGUCAGUCUUCCAGUACGAUGUCUGUCGAAGAAUCGUCCUGCGAAGCCCAUUUUGCUGCAACAACGACGAGAGAUGAUCUUGGCCGUUUCGUUGUUACUUUACCAAAAAAAUUUGAAGUAUUACAGCAGCUUGGAAACGCUUACCCAACAGCCAAACGUCGCCUCCUCUCGCUGAGCCGUCGCCUCGAAGCAAAUCAUUCGCUUAAAUUAGCCUACUCGUUGUUCCUAGAAGAAUACCUCCAGCUUGGACACAUGGAAGAAGUAUCUCCAGAUUCGAUGACCACCACAAAUGCUUCCUACUACCUUCCGCAUCAUUGCAUCGUACGUACAGAUAGCCUCACCACCAAACAAACCGACACUGGAACCUCACUGAACGACGUUUUGAUGGUGGGACCGGUAGUGCAACAGGACCUUGUCAACAUUACCAUGCGUUUUCGGGUACCACGAUAUGCCAUUAUUUCGGAUAUCGAAAAAAUGUACCGUCAAAUUUGGGUACACCUACUUGACUGUCCUCUCCAGAGAAUUUUGUGGAUAGACAAACCAGGCGAUCCGAUUAGGGUCUUUCAGCUGAAAACAGUCACCUAUGGAACUUCGGCUGCACCCUAUCUUGCCACAAAAUGUCUUCAAGAACUCGCAAAGCAGAGUAAAUCGUCUCAUCCAGCAGCUGCAAGUGUUCUGGCAAACGACUUCUACAUGGAUGACAUGAUAAGCGGGGUCGACGGUGUGUUAGAAGGAAAGGUUCUAUGCAGCCAGCUCCUACAGCUCCUUGAAUCAGCUGGCUUCAGUCUGCGUAAAUGGUCGUCGAACUCAUCGGAAAUUCUCGAAUCCAUUCCGGCACAUCUUCGAGACGAACGCUUGGUAUUCGACCUUGAUUCAAUGUCUUCAGUCAAAACGCUGGGACUCAAGUGGAUCCCCGCAUCAGACGAACUGGGGUUCCACGUACCAAAAUGGAAUAAUGAGGAGGUCAUCACGAAACGUAUCGCCCUAUCAGACUCCGCCCGUCUCUACGAUCCUCUUGGCCUAGUAGGGCCCGUCAUCGUACUCGCUAAGUGUUUCAUGCAGGAACUCUGGGCAAUCCAGAAAACCUGGGACGAACCAUUGGAGGAAGAAAUCCAACUGCGCUGGUUGCAAUUCCGAAAGGAAUUAGCUGCAAUCGAAUCAAUCGUUGUUCCACGUUGGGUGAUCUCAAUGCAACAACCAAUUAUCAUCGAGGCACACGGUUUUAGCGAUGCAUCCCAACGAGCAUACGGAGCUUGCAUCUAUCUUCGUGUAGUGUCAUCUAAUGCAGAUAUAUCGGUCCAUCUUCUCACCUCGAAGUCUAAAGUCGCUCCGCUUGGGAACAGCAAAAAUCAAAAAAAGAUUAGUCUUCCACGUCUGGAACUAUCCGGUGCACUGCUUCUCAGUCAUCUCUUCCAAAAGGUCCGACACAGCUUGAAACUGGACCUCAAAUGUUUCUACUGGGUAGAUUCCACCAUAGUUCUACAUUGGUUGGCUGGGACACCUUCACGAUGGAAGACAUUUGUAGCAAACAGGGUUUCCGAAAUCCAGCAUAUCAGCGCCGGUGGUAACUGGGGACACGUGUCUGGACUGGAAAACCCUGCGGACAUCAUAUCACGUGGAAUGUUGCCAACACAACUGAAGGAGAUGGAUAUCUGGUGGCAAGGUCCCACUUGGCUUAGACAACCUUCCCGAUUCUGGCCAUCCCACAUCCGUACGGCUGACGAUGAGUUUUCCUCCGAAGAUCUAGAAGAACAAUCGACAACUCUUCCUGUUCAAUGUCAACCUGCAAAUCCUAUCUUCAGCCUCCGAUCAUCAUUCUCAUCGCUCGUUCGUCUGGUGGCCUACGUACGCCGGUUCAGCCACAAUUGCAGGCCUGCUAAUCGCCAGAAGCAACUCUCCGGAUUCCUCCGUACUACGGAGCUCAACGAAGCUACACAUACUCUGGUUCGAAUUGCUCAAGCCGAAUCGUUUCCGAACGAUAUACAAGCCAUUCGUUCUGAUGGACAAAUCAAACCGAACUCGAAGUUGAAAUCUCUCUCUCCGAUCAUCAUCGAUGGCAUUCUGCGCAUUGGUGGCCGGCUUCGAAGCCUGUUUCCGAAGACCGAAAGCACCCGUGCAUUUUGGCCACCCACCAUCCUCUUACAGAACUGA